CUCACAUCUCGCCAACGAGGAUAAAAAACGAGCUGUCCUACACCCUCGCGGCCGCAUAGCUGGAUUCAAGGGUCGGCAGUGAUCAUAGACUUGCCAAAGUUCGCCGCGGGCAAACAACCACUGCAAAAAACGCAUCGAUAAGCGACUCCAGCCAUGCUGCGCUCACCCCUGCUGCGAGCGGCCGCCGCCUCGCGCAUUGCCGAGCGAGCCGCGACGCGCGUCACCACGAGACAAGCGUCGUUAACAAAGUUAGUGGCCACGAUCGGCCCCGCGUCGGAAGAGGCCGAGCCGCUCCAGAAGUGCGUUACGGCUGGCAUGCACGUCAUGCGGUUGAAUUUUAGUCAUGCCACGCCCGAGGAGUUCUUUUUGAGAGUGAACAACCUGGCCGCGUCGGAAGGCGGUGACUACGUCGCCAAGUUACUGGAUACGCGCGGCCCCGAGGUGCGGCUCGGCGGCCUCGCGAUCUGCAAAGAAACGGACAAUCGCAAGGCGAAAGUCUUGCUCGAGCAGGGCAAUGAACUGAAAUUAACCACGGAUCCGGCGUACGACGGCGCCGGCGACGCCCAGACGAUGUACGUGAAUUAUGAAAGGAUCGCGGCCAAGGUCAAGGUCGGCGACCAGGUGUUGUUAGAUGACGGGUUGGUCACGCUCGACGUCACCGCGACGGACGGCAGCACGACGGUGACCACCAAAAUAGCCAACACGAACGAAAUUGGCGAGAGGAAGGGCGUGAAUCUGCCGGGCGUGGCCCUAGAUCUACCCGCGCUCAGUGCGAAGGACGAGAAGGACGUGGCCUUCGGCAUCGAGAACGGCAUCGAUGUGGUGGCGGCCUCCUUUGUCAGAGACGGGGCCGGUGUCGACGCCAUCAGACAAUUUAUUGAUAAAGAAGUAGCAAAACAUCCGUCCGUGUACCCCGACGGCGACACGGUCCACAUUUGUAGCAAAAUAGAGUCGUUGGACGCGUUGCAGAACAUCGACGACAUCAUCGAGAAGAGCGACGGGAUCAUGGUCGCGCGCGGCGACUUGGGGGUCGAGGUCCCGCUCGCCCAGAUCGCCACGUGGCAGAAGACCGUCGUCGCCAAGUGCCGAGAGGCGGGCAAGCCCGUGGUGGUCGCGACGCAGAUGCUCGAGUCGAUGCAGAAGAACCCGCGGCCGACGCGCGCGGAGGUUGCGGACGUGACCAAUGCCGCUCUGGACCUGGCCGACGCCGUCAUGCUUUCAGGGGAGUCUGCAAAUGGGGACUACCCGGAUCUGGCUAUCAGGACGCAGCAGGAUAUCCUCGAGGCGGCCGAGGCGUGGGACGACGAGCUCUAUGAACCUGAUUUAGAUGAGUUAUCACCAGAGUAUGCUUUAGCGAGGGCUUGUGUCGAGGCGCAACGAGUGUCAGAUGCUGAUUCGAUCGUGGUCAUCGACACGGAGCGGGGCGACAUGACGCGGCGCGUCGCUGCCCUCGCUCCGGACGUGCCGGUCAUUUCAUUGGUGGAGUCGAUGCGCGUCGGGCGCCAGCUCAACAUGUCGCGGGGCGUCGCGCCGCAGUGCGUCGACGAUCUGGGGUUGUCGAGCGACGCGGCGGCGCAGUACGCUUCUGGUACCGUCGUUGUGUACAAAUCGGACGGCGUGUCGCUGCACGAGAAGCCGUAAGAAGUUUAGGUAA